GUUUAUUGCCGAAUACAAGCAGCCACAAUGAAGGUAAAGCUCUACGAUCAUGCUCUGAAAACUAUUUUAUCUACGAAGGAAAGCUAGCUGUCUAUAAAGGGACAGCCGGCUCUCAUCCUGGUCUAUCCUUUCAGUCUUAAUUCAGAUUCCAAAACUUGCAAGAGAUGGCAGGGAAAGAGCCAAAGAUUGCCACAGUUAUCAUAAAGGUCGACCUCGAAUGCUGCUGCUGCUCCAAGAAGAUCAAGCGCACACUUUGCCAGCUCCAGAAGCGAUUCGAGAUCAAUUCCAUCGUCUUCGAUGAGAAGAAGAACACUGUCACUGUAUCUGGCCCUUUCAACCCCGACUGCUUUAUCAAGAAGCUCUGCUGCAUGGCCUACAAAGUGAUCAAAGACAUCGAGAUCAAAAAACCAGACCCACCCCCACCUCCACCGAAGAAGGAGCCCAAACUAGAUCCUCUCCCUCCGAAACCUUCCCUGCCCAAGCCUCCACAACCGCUUCCCAAGCCUCCACCACCUGCGUCCAAGCCUCCACCACCCGCGUCCAAGCCUCCACCACCCAAGAUAGAGCCAGCGCCGCCGCCGGAGGUGGUUGUGAGAUUCCCGAUGUGGGCGUUCCCAGUCCCGAUGGGGCCCUGCUGCUACCAGCCUUGCCCCUGCUACGAGCCGCGCCAGGGGUGCUGCCGCUGCUGCUCCUGCGGCCACGUGUCCUCCGCCUCGCCACCAUCCAAACCUGUGGCGGAUCCCCCGCCAUCGCAACCCGUGUACUACGGCGGCUACCCAUGCUACAAGAUCGUCUGCGAGGACGAGCCUUCCUACGGUUGCUUCAUCAUGUAAUCAAUUUGCUUUCCUCUUUUUAUGCCCGUAAUUUGCGUGUGAAGUGAUUGAUAAUAAGUACAUCUUCAGGCUGAUCAAUGCCAUCCUCAGAA